GACUCCACCCACGAGAAUCCCGACUGGAGGAUCGUCCGACUCCACUGAUUGGUCCAACUACACUAUUUAAGUGAGAAGGAAGAACAGAGCAACCCCUCCUGAAAUAUCCUCCUAGGACUCUCUGGGAAUGUCUAGGAGAAGCCACUGAUUUGGUGUUAGGAUGUUGAUCCUGAGACUAUGUUGGCUGCUCACGUGCCUCAUCCUCACCGAUGCACGCACCACCAAAUCCCAGGCGAUCCAGCUGAAUGGCAUGGUGGGAGGCUCGGUAGUUUUCCCUUUCAAAGUUCCCCCGUGGGUGCCCGUGGAGACGAUUGUCUGGAAUUCGGUCACAACCCUCGCCACAUUUACCCCCAGGAAAGGGAAACCAGCUGCAGUUAAAGUGCUGGAUAAACGCUACAUAGGGCGGUUGAGGGUCUUGGACCAUACGUAUUCUCUGGUGAUUAGCAACCUGAGCAUGCUGGACAGGGGCAUAUACAGAGCGCAGAUAAACACGGAGUUCACCACCACUGUGACAGAAUACCUGCUGCACGUAUACAAGAAAAUCCCAGUCCCAGAUGUUGCCGUUGCCAUCCUGAAUGGAACCUGCAACCUCCUGCUAAACUGCUCUGUCGCCGAGGGAUCGGAAAGCGCCACCUUCAUCUGGACGUACACCCGCAGGAGGAUCAUCCAGAUCAAGGAAGGACCCACCCUGCUCAUCUUGAGCCGGCCAAGAGCUAAAGACAUGGUCCACACCUGCCUAGCGAGGAACCCCGUCAGCCAGAGCUCAAAAACGAUCUCCAUAGAAGACUAUUGUGAAAGUGGCUCACCGGCAUCCAUUUUCCAAGCGCUGAAGGCAACGUGCUUCUUCGUGUUCUUUGGACUCCUCUUCAGCAUGACCGAUAUUCUAAAAUAAGGCCCACACGCUGCUGUCGAAUG